AGUCGAUGGAGGGGCGGCCAUGUUGAAUUGAAAGCUGAACCCCGUUUUUGUUUUAAUUUACGGUUUCUACCAAACGACUUUCUCUCUCCCUUGCUUUGGUACGUACAGCAGGAAGGUAUGAGGAAAUACCCAGUUUCACUAACUUAUUAACUUUGCUUGCCCUCCCCCCCUCCCCCCUCCCCCCUCAUAUCCAUACUCAACUCAUACCCUCAAACAUCGAUCAAGAUUCUAAUUAAACAAAGAUUUCCAUCUCCUCCUCUUCUCUUCUUUCUUUCCACUUCAACUUCACUUUACAGAUCUCAGAUCCAAACUCCGAUUCUUCAACCCACCCUAUAUGGCCGAUCCUCUUCAUCAUCUUCAUUUCUUCCCUCCCCUCUCUUCCUCUUCCUUUUAUUUCCGCCAUCUCCUCACGUAGAUUCAUCAAGUUUCUUUAUAUAUAUGGAUUCACUUUCUUCACCUCUUUCCUUUUUAACUUUAUAAUUCAGAAUACCCCCCUUUCCCUCUUUCCCUUCUUCCUCUUCCUCUUCCUCUUCCAUGGACGACCUCGGUGCCCAAGUCGUUCCUCCUAUUUUCAUCCACCAAUCCUUGACCAGUCGCUACACUGAUCUCCCUUCCAUCCCCAAGAAGCGUCCCUUAUCCUAUCAUCAGGGUCAACUCCAUCCCCAUACUUGGAACCCUAAGGCCUGGGAUUGGGAUAGCUCUAAAUUUCUCACCAAACCCUCCAACCUAAACAACACCACUCCCGAUGACCAUGAUGACACUCUUCGCCUUAAUCUUGGUGGUCGUUACGUUGAGGAUCCCGUCUCCAAACCCCCCAAAAAGGUCCGCCCUGGAUCUCCCGCCUCUGUCACCUACCCUAUGUGCCAAGUCGAUAAUUGUAAGGAAGAUCUCUCCAAUGCCAAAGACUAUCACCGCAGACACAAAGUUUGCGAGCUCCACAGCAAAUCCUCCAAAGCCCUAGUUGCUAAACAGAUGCAGAGGUUCUGCCAGCAGUGCAGCAGAUUUCACCCUCUUUCCGAAUUUGAUGAUGGGAAGAGGAGCUGUAGGAGGAGGCUUGCGGGGCACAACUGGCGUAGAAGGAAAACACAGCCCGAGGAUGUAACCUCAAGGCUGACCCGGCCAGGAAGUAGAGGACCCCCAAGCACCGGAAAUCUUGACAUCGUCAGUCUAUUAACUGUUCUAGCUAGGGCUCAAGGCAAAAACGAAGACCAGAGCGUGAAGAGCUUGUUGUCAGCAAAUAGUGACCAGCUCAUUCAGAUCCUCAAUAAGAUCAAUUCACUUCCUUUACCAGCUGACCUUGCAGCGAAGUUGCCCAAUUUAGAGAAUUUUAAGGGGAAGGCUCCUCCACAAAGUUCUCUGCAGCACCAAAACAAAUUAAAUGGUAAUCCGUCUUCUCCUUCGACCAUGGACUUGCUUACUGUACUUUCAGCUACUUUAGCCGCAUCAGCUCCGGAUGCUCUUGCAAUGCUGUCACAGAAGAGCAGUGUCAGUAGUGAUAGUGAAAAAACAAGGUCAUCCUGCCCAUCUGGUUCUGAUCUUCAGAAUAGGCCUCUGGAACUUCCUUCAGUUGGAGGAGAAAGAAGCAGUACCAGUUACCAGUCUCCCAUGGAAGAUUCCGAUGGCCAGGUUCAAGGAACCAGAGUUGGUUUGCCACUUCAGCUCUUUGGCUCUUCGCCUGAACAUGAUGCCCCACCGAACUUGACGGCUUCUAGAAAGUACUUCUCUUCGGAUAGCAGCAAUCCUAUUGAAGAGAGAUCUCCGUCAUCUUCACCUCCUCUCCUGCAAACGUUGUUCCCCGUGCAAAGCACAGAAGAAACUACCAGUAAUGGGAAAAUGCCAAUCAGAAAAGAAGUUAAUGGUGUUGAGGUUCGAAAACCUCCUAGUAGCAAUAUUCCCUUUGAACUCUUCAGAGAGUUGGAUGGAGCAAGACCAAAUUCUUUUCAAACUAUUCCUUACCAAGCUGGAUACACUUCUUCCGGAUCUGAUCAUUCACCUUCUAGUUUAAAUUCUGAUGCUCAGGAUCGCACUGGAAGGAUAAGUUUUAAGCUUUUUGACAAGGAUCCCAGUCAGUUUCCAGGGACAUUGCGGACACAAAUAUACAAUUGGCUGUCUAAUUGUCCGUCUGAGAUGGAAAGCUACAUACGGCCUGGUUGCGUGGUUCUGUCGGUUUAUAUGUCCAUGUCAUCCAUUGCAUGGGAACAGCUUGAAGAAAAUUUGGUUCUGCAUCUUAAAUCUUUGGUUCACAGUGAAGAGCUUGAUUUUUGGAGAAGUGGAAGAUUUUUAGUUUACACUGGGAGGCAACUAGCGUCACACAAGGAUGGGAAGAUUCAUCUGAACAAAUCCUCAAAAGCAUGGAGUAAUCCGGAGUUAACAUCGGUGUCACCUUUAGCAGUUGUGAGUGGACAAAAGACCUCGUUUUUAUUAAGGGGAAGGAAUUUGAAAAUUCCUGGCACGAGGAUUCAUUGCACAUCUAUGGGAGGCUACAUAUCCGAAGAAGUAAUGGGAUUAAGUAGUCAUGGAAUAUACGACGAGAUACAUUCUAGAAGUUUCAAAGUUGGAGAUGUAUCACCUACUACUCUUGGUCGUUGUUUCAUUGAGGUGGAAAAUGGUUUCCGAGGAAAUAGUUUCCCUGUUAUCAUAGCUGAUGCUACCAUCUGUAGGGAAUUGAGGCAUCUUGAGUCCGAUUUUGAUGAGUUUAAAGUACCUGAUAUCAGUUCAGAAAGUUCUUCAUAUGUUUCUUCGCAGCCAAGGCUAAGGGAUGAAAUUUUGCAGUUCUUGAAUGAACUUGGAUGGCUGUUCCAAAGGGAAAGGUCCUCUUAUGAGCUAGAUAAUCCAGAUUUUGUAAUAAGGCGGUUCAGAUUUUUACUCACGUUCUCAGCAGAGAGGGACUUCUGUGCGUUGGUGAAAACACUUCUUGACAUUUUGGCCAAAAAAUGCUUGAUCACAGAUGGACUGUCAAUGAAAUCAUUGGAAAUGAUAUCUGAGAUUCAGCUCUUAAACCGGUCAGUGAAAAGGAGGUGCAGGCGGAUGGUUGACUUACUUGUUCAUUAUCACGUAUCUGGCUUUGGUGAUGCAGAGAAAAAAUACCUCUUUCCACCAAAUUUUAUUGGUCCUGGUGGUAUUACUCCUCUGCAUUUAGCAGCGUCAAUGGCAGAUGCAGAUGAUUUGGUUGAUGCUCUAACAAAUGACCCGCUAGAGAGUGGUUUGGAAUGCUGGAGCUCCCAACUUGAUGAAAGCGGACGGUCGCCACAGGCUUAUGCUUUAAUGAGGGGUAAUCAUACUUGUAAUGAGCUGGUGAAGCGAAAACUUGGUGACAAAAAGAAUGGUCAAGUUUCAGUUAGAAUUGGGAAUGAGAUAGAGCAACUAGAGGUGUCAAGUGGUGAGCGGGGGAGGGUGAAAGGUAGGUCCUGCUCCAGGUGUGCUGUUGUUGCAGCAAGGUGCAACAGGAGGGUUCCUGGGAGUGGGACACACAGGUUGCUUCAUCGGCCCUACAUUCAUUCAAUGCUUGCUAUAGCUGCUGUUUGCGUUUGUGUGUGCCUAUUUUUGCGAGGUUCCCCAGACAUUGGUUUAGUUGCACCCUUCAAAUGGGAGAACUUAGGCUACGGGACAAUUUAGUUUGAAUGGACUUGGAGAUGGAGUGAGGUGCUGAAUAGAAAACAUGGGGAAUCAAACCGGAAGGCCAAAGGGACAUGAGUGGGUAAGAUGAGAUGAUCUCUUGCCGUGAAAAAUCAAGAUGAGAAGGCUAGGGAUGAAAUAUAAGGUUGUUGAGGUUUAGCUAAUGCUGAUUGAAAAAGAUGUCAACUAAUGGUCGCUCUGACGUUAUGAAGUUGUGAAGUUGAGACAGAGAUGGAUUAGUUGGAUGGGGAUUGUAUUGUAUUGUUUUGCAGCUGUGGACAAGACUUAAGGUUUGGGGUUAUGAAAUGUAGCGUAGCCUGCCUGUAACAGGGUGCCUCCGGACGAGCAGGUCGACAAAAAUGAAUGAUAUUGAAGAAGAAAGAAUGGAACAGAAGGAUUGAUUUUACUUGGUGAAGCAACUUUGUUUUGCCUUUCCCCGACCCCACCCCGUCUUCCUUACCACAUCCCCCCCUCCCCCCCCCCCCCCCUCCAUCUUUGAUCUUUUUAUUUUUAUUUAAUUGUUAUUUCUUAGUAGCAUGCCAUACAGUAAGCCGUAAGUAAUGAAUAUAAUCUAUAUAUAAAUAUUACAGUUGUCUCAAAAAACAGAAUGUAAAGUUGAUCCGAUCACAUUUAUACUUCUACAAGACUUUUUGUCAAGAAUAGAGGCCCAGUGCAUGAACUUUUCUGUGUA